ACAGCCCAGAGCCGGCGCUGCAGCAGAGCGAGAGAGAGAGCGAACAGUCUCAGGAAAAGAACCGGGAACCGCCGUAUCGGGAAGAGAGUGAGUGAGACGGGGAGAGAGACAGAGAGAAAGAAACCCUCGGGUAAUGAAAACUGUCUGAUUGUCAAGAGGUUUAGCACGUGCUGCUUUUCGCUGCAUUAAUUGGAUUCUUACAGCACCUUGACCGCUCUCACCGCCUGCCAACUCAUGUGAUGACGGACAGGAUCAGACGGGAAGACGCAGGAACGCCGACAACCCUGAGGUGACACUGUGUGUGUUUUCUCUUCUCCAGCUCGCCUCGCUCCAUCUCAUCCCCUACAGCUACUCCACCCAUUCCUUCAGCAAACACCACUGAAUUAAUCAGAGCUGUCCGCACUAAGAGGAUCAAUAGCUUACGUGGUGCUUGACAGGAGUGGAGUGCUUACUCUUGAUUUUUUUUUUUUUUUUUUUUUUUUUUUUUUUUUUUUUUUUUUUUUUUUUGGUGGGGGCGGGGGUGCAAAAAUGUUCAGGACUUACUGAAUUGGACCUGUCUCUCCAUGGCAUCCGCACCGGAAAGGGACGGCAUGCGUCUUUGGAAUUUCUUGAGGCACUGCUGUGCAUCACCAACAUCCAAAUGAAGCGUUUUCCUUUUAAUGCUGAGACUUCACAAUGAGGAUGUACCACAGUGAGUUUCAAGUCCCACACAAAAGGCAGCGGAAGGACCCUCGUUCUGCUCUGUGCUUGUUAUUUUUGCUGUACUACUACGGAACAACCCCUUAACCCUUGAGUUUUACCCUAAGAUGCCAUUUUCUUGCCUUAAAAAUUGAUUUACGCACAGUGUCUACAUUUAUAAAUGGGUGAGGUGUCUUCUCGAGACUUUUUUGUGGAAUAGCACGCCGAGAAGAUGUACUCUCCGUCGCUCCAAGCGGACUUCUUGUUUCGGAGAUGCUUGGAGCCUGUUUGAGUGGAGGCAUGUAAGUAGGGUGUAUAAUGGCUAUCCCGAGGCCGGCGUAGAAGUUAUUUAUUUGUGAGAGAGAGGAGCCAACCCGAACCACACCUUCGCUUAAAUGAAGACCGGCCGAAAUUACACAGGAAGGGAGAAAAAAAUGAUGCACGUCAACAAUUUCCCAUUCCGAAGGCAUUCUUGGAUAUGCUUUGACGUGGACAAUGGCACGUCGUCAGGACGGAGUCCCCUGGAUCCCAUGACGAGUCCGGGUUCGGGCCUGAUCCUUCAGGCCAAUUUUGUGCACAGCCAGCGGAGGGAAUCCUUCCUCUACCGCUCCGACAGCGACUAUGACCUGUCGCCGAAGUCGAUGUCCCGAAACUCCUCCAUCGCCAGUGACAUGAAUAACCACCUGCCGAGGCCGGGCCUGGUCUCUCGGAGAUCUGAGCCGGUUAUUAGUGGAAAUCAUGGGGAUGACCUCAUCGUUACACCAUUUGCACAGGUGCUGGCUAGUUUGAGGACGGUACGGAAUAACUUUGCAGCGUUAACCAACCUCCAGCAAGAUCGAACGUCCAACAAGCGAUCCCCCAUGUGUAAUCAGCCUCCUCUCACAAAGGCCUCCUUCACAGAGGAGGCCUACCAGAAACUGGCCACCGAGACCCUGGAGGAGCUGGACUGGUGCCUGGACCAGCUGGAGACCCUGCAGACCCGACACUCCGUCAGCGAGAUGGCCUCCAACAAGUUCAAGCGGAUGUUGAACAGGGAGUUAACGCACCUGUCUGAGAUGAGCAGAUCUGGUAACCAGGUCUCCGAGUACAUCUCCAACACAUUUUUAGACAAACAGCACGAUGUGGAAAUGCCCUCCCUGCAGACGCAGAAGGAGAAGGAGAAGAAGAAAAAGCCCAUGUGUCAGAUCAGCGGGGUGAAAAAACUCAUGCACAGCACCAGCCUCACCAAUUCCAACAUCCCUCGCUUCGGGGUCAAGACGGAUACGGAAGACUCCUUAGCCAAGGAACUGGAGGACAUAAACAAAUGGGGCCUUAAUGUUUUUAAAGUCACAGAGUUUUCAGGCAACAGGCCUUUAACGGUGAUGAUGUACACUAUAUUUCAGGAAAGGGAUUUACUCAAAACAUUUAAAAUUCCCUUGGACACUUUCAUAACAUACCUGAUGACCUUAGAAGACCAUUACCAUGCUGAUGUUGCGUAUCACAAUAACAUUCAUGCUGCUGACGUCACCCAGUCCACACACGUGCUGCUCUCCACGCCUGCUCUGGAGGCGGUUUUCACAGACCUUGAAAUUCUCGCUGCCAUUUUCGCCAGUGCAAUUCACGACGUAGACCACCCGGGUGUCUCCAACCAGUUCCUUAUUAACACCAACUCGGAGUUGGCCCUCAUGUACAACGACUCGUCGGUGCUGGAAAACCAUCAUCUGGCCGUGGGCUUCAAACUCCUGCAGGAGGAGAACUGUGACAUCUUCCAGAACCUGACCAAAAAACAGAGACAAUCGCUGCGCAAGAUGGUCAUAGACAUCGUCUUGGCGACCGAUAUGUCCAAACACAUGAACCUGCUGGCCGAUCUGAAGACCAUGGUCGAGACCAAGAAGGUCACCAGUUCUGGAGUCUUGCUCUUGGAUAACUACUCAGACAGGAUACAAGUGCUUCAGAACAUGGUUCACUGUGCGGAUCUCAGUAACCCCACCAAACCCCUGCAGCUGUACAGACAGUGGACGGACCGCAUUAUGGAGGAGUUCUUCAGUCAGGGCGACCGCGAGAGAGAGCGAGGGAUGGAGAUCAGCCCCAUGUGUGACAAACACAACGCCUCUGUAGAGAAGUCUCAGGUGGGCUUCAUUGACUACAUCGUGCAUCCGCUGUGGGAGACGUGGGCCGACCUUGUACACCCAGACGCCCAGGACAUCCUGGACACGUUAGAGGACAAUAGAGAGUGGUACCAGAGCACCAUCCCACAGAGCCCGUCGCCUGCUCCCGACCAGCCCGAGGAGGGCAGCCGCUCUGCCGGGGCAGAGAAGUUCCAGUUCGAACUGACACUGGAGGAGGACGGAGAAUCGGACACAGAAAAAGACAGCGGCAGCCAGGCCGAGGAGGAGGAGGAUGACGAAGAAGAAGAGGAGGAGGAGGACAACAGCUGUAGUGAUUCCAAAACUCUAAUCACGCAGGACUCGGAAUCCACGGAGAUUCCGGAAGCGGAGGAGGGAAUUUCGGAAGAGGUUUCUACCGAACCCAGCAUGGUGGAAGAGGAGGACGACGAGGAAGACGAGGAGGAGCAGCCGGCAGACACGUAACAGCGCGUCUGGACGGCCCGAACUAGCUGCCGCGACGGCAAAAAAACGCAAAUAUUUAAUAACAGACAAUGAAAUUGAGUUCCAAAGCGCACGUUGCACUCCGAGACCUCGGCCACUCCUCUCUCGCUCUCUCUUUCUCUUUUCCGUCUCUCUACGAGCUGCCUGGAGACGAGAGGACACUAAGACUUCGGUAGGUUGUCGUUUUAUUUGCACUCAGGAAUAAUAUUUAGUCCUCUGUUUUUUCGAGCUUGGUUUUGUUUACCUUCGCCCGUCCCGGACGCCCUCCUCCUCCUCCUCCUCUAUGAUUCUCUGUGGACAACAGUGAGGAAAUUUCCUGCACAAAGCAAUCGGAGGAGACGCCGUCCACCGAGGGGAGACGUCAGCGGGAAUCGACGCAGGAACGCGUUUCCUUGGAUUUCAAAGAGACCUUAUUUUCUACGUUUUAAGUCUUCCUAAACUUUUGACUGAGAAAAAAAUUUCACAAAAGACAAAAAAACAAAACAGCCCAGUGCUGUCAUGGCCUCUUCGAUGAUUUUUGUACGGUAUACAUACAGAUUUUUACAUAGUUACUUUUUAAAUAACAAAACAGCAGCUGUUGCGUUUUCGAGGAAACUUUGCGCGAAGGGUAACUUGCAAGUACGCGAUGUGGGUCGUGCGUUCGCCACCAUAUUCACUUCACUGCUGUCACACAACCUCCUUUCAGAAGCUGUAUUUAUGUUGUUGUUGUUUUUUUUUUUUUUUUUUCCCACUUCGUCAAACACUUUACCUCUAACGAGCCUCUUAAUACACCUACAGAUGCUUUAUGUGCAUUCAACUCAUUUAUAUUAUACUUCUGUCUUGUUUCGGAGCAGUUUUUACAGCAACACUGCACUUGAAGCCUGUAAAAAAUCAAUAUGUAUGCAUGUAUAUGUGUGUAUGUAUAUCUGUGUGUAUAUAUAUACACAUAUGUAUGUUUGUGUAUGUAUAUAUACACGUGUGUGUGUGUGUGUGUGUGUGUGUAUAUAUAUAUAUAUAAUACAAAUAUAAAUACAGUAUAUACAUUUACGUAUGUACAUAUGUGUUUAUGUAUAUAUGUACUAUACAUAUAGGUACAAUAUAUACAUGUGUGUGUAUAUAUGUAUAUACUGUAUAUGUACAUAUAUAAAUACAAUGUAUACAUGUAUGUGUGUCUAUAUUGUAUUUAUAUAUGUAUGCAUAUGUAUCUGUAUAUAUGUAGUAUAUAUAGACUACUGUAUAUGUAUACAGUAGUCAAGAUUUGAAGUGGAUCAAAACCUUUCAUCAAAGAUGUCCUAAAACCAGAAUAAUACCUGUUCUUGUCUUAGGCCAACUUUGAUUAACUUUUUUGAUCCAUUUCAAAUCUUGACUACUGUAUACUGUAUUCAUAUCUGUGUGUGUAUGUGUGGAGAGAGAUAUAUAUAUAUAUAUAUAUAUAUAUACAUACACUAAUGUAUACUGUAAUAUUAUUAGUCUAAUAAUUAAUAAUCUUAAUAUUAAUGCGGAUAAUAAAUGUAGUAUUAAAAUAUUAAUAUAUAUUACAGGCAUCAAGUGAAGUGUUACCAAACAUAAGCCUUUAAGAACUUCAUUACUGAUGUUAGUCACCAUUCAAAGACUUUUUCUGGGUUUUAAUGCAGUUCAGACUGACAAACAUCCUGUUAAGGCUUUAUAACUCCAGGUCAAGCUGAAAUUCUUUUACUGGCAACAUCCUGUUAUGGGUGUAUCAGACAUUUAGCCUCACAAGCCAUUUAUUUGAAGCACUUCUGUUAUAACCACAUAUGGAGAUUUUAUAGCAUGUGAGUUUCUGAGUUUCUUUCCUUUUGCCUUUUUCAGUUUCAUCUUCAGGAUCUCGCACACCAAGCGCGUGAAAACAAAAACCACAAAUUCCCCAAAACCACAUCAGACAUCCCGUGCGCGGAUAUUCUACGAUCGUGGAAUAUUUGUCGUGCGAUGCCUUUCAAAAUCACCUGUUUCGUCAUCCGUCACGAUUCAUUAGAUCAGAGAUCUUCUCUUAGGGCUAGAUGCAGUUUAGCGUCAAAAUCCACAUUUUCAUUUCACUCCCGCACCGGACACGCACUAUGCGGCACGUGGCUUUUAAUAAGGACUUAUUUAUAUCUGUAUAUGGUUUUAAUUUAUUGUUUGGCUUCUGUUUGAAAGCAGUACUGUAGACCAUCAACUGUAGCAUAGAGCGUGUGGACUUGCAAGUUACUGGCCUCCUGUUUUUGGUCGUGUACAUAGAACAAACUUUUUAAAGUCUGUAGGACAUAUAAUGCGCUCACAGAAACUUGAAACCUGGCUCGAGUAGUACUGAUUUUGUUAGAUAUAUAUUUUUAUUUAAGUUUGUGCCAUGAUAUUCUUUCCUCACCAGAUGACCUUACCUGAUUAUGGAUUUUAUUUUAUUUUUUUUCAAUGUUAUAUCUCUUUCUUUUUUUUUGCUGUUUACAACAAUGUAUUUAUUUUGCUGUAUAUAUUGUAAUGUUUGUUGUAAAUGAUGACAGAUUCUAAACUUCAUCCCGGAUGGAGUUGCUGUAUUUGGUAAACUCUUGUUGAGAGAAUGUUUAUUAUUAUAAAUAUUAUCCAAUGUAAAAACGACGAUGACGAUAAUAAUAAUAUUCUGUAUAAAAAAGGAGAAGAUGGUCACCUUCAAACGUGUGUUUCUGGAGAUCUGGGGAAAGCCAAACCAUUCGAGACGAGUCGCCGCCACUGGCGUUUGGCCCCAGGGCUGUGCCUUAACUUAAAAACUCUUGAUUUGUGUGUCCGUUUCGUCUCUCUUUCCGUGUUUUCGGAGAACGAUGUCUGCUGCCAGGGUAUCAGGGCAUCUUAUGCGCUGCAUUUAAAGCUAAAGCUUAGGACGCCUUGGGUUACUUUUCAUUCGUAGGUCCAAAAAAAAAAGUGGCACAUAGCGAACGCCGCUGUCGACGCAGCGGCUGCAAUAGUCCCGGGACAGUUGGGUUUGCCCUAGAGGUGCUUGGCUGCUUGCGAUCUUCUACUUUCAUGCUGUUCUUUAAAACUCGGUUCAGGUACUGUCUGCUACCUUCAUCUCAUCCAGCCUUGUAGAUGUGCUUGUGCACUAAACUGAACGAGUCCUUAGAGUUUCAGAUGUUAAAUAAGCAUACUUUCUGACACGCAUACUGUAGAUUUUAGCAGCCCUGGACCAAAGCCAAUUGUGGCUAUUAUUAUUAUUAAUUAAUUAUUACUGGUAUUUUUUCAAUGUCAUUAAAGGGAUACUUUAACAUUUGAUUCUUACGUUCUGCUGAUUAAAAACUGAAACACUUCUUUCAGUCUCUUACAGUCUUUUGCCGGUACUGUAGAUCCAUCUCCAAUCGGUUUCAAGUCCAUAAACUACAAGAAAAAAGACAGAAAAAUAUUUUAUAUGCAACAAAUGAAAUAAAAGCAUGGGUUGAUUCCA